AUGCCAAGCUCUGAUAUUAUCAGUUAUGCUCAAGACGAUAUGUCGAUGCGGCUACGACCAUCCUACUAUGUGGACUACUUCUCCCACGACUGGAGUUAUGAGACCAUUCAGCGAUCCUGGAGAUAUAUUAUGUCAAAUACAAAUGAGUUUGAUAAUGCGGCUCGCUUAGAAAAUGCAUCCUUAAGAAUAUGCAUGAAACUCCUAAACAAGCUGAAGACUAUACCUCCAGAGGCCCUGAAUUGGUUUAAGGACUACGAUGUUACCUGGCUCUAUGGGCCCUUACAGACAAGUGGCGGUCCUUCAUCAUCAUACGAUAAGAGUAAUUCGAGUGCAUCUAAUAAAAAGCCUAGCCUGAAAAGGAGGAGCAUAGUGGAGACCAUGUUCCAGAAAUCAUGCUGCUCAAGGCCAGUAGGCCGCAUGAUCAGAAAUAACGGGAUGUUACAAGUAGCUACGAACCAAAGAGCCGCCAGUAUACAGUUCCGUCUCUCGCCAUCAUCGAUCCUGAGACUUCUGUCGUCUAUCAGGGAAGGCAAACACGUCCGUUUCAGCGAAGAAGUCACAGUGUAUGCUUACUAG